UCUGUCUCUCUCUCUCGCUGUCUCCGACUUUGGGGACACCAUGGACCAAAGUGGGAUGGAGAUACCUGUGACUCUCAUCAUUAAAGCACCGAAUCAGAAAUACAGUGACCAGACUAUUAGCUGCUUCUUGAACUGGACCGUGGGGAAAUUAAAAACGCAUCUGUCUAACGUGUACCCUAGCAAACCACUAACGAAGGAUCAGAGAUUGGUGUAUUCGGGCAGACUGCUUCCCGAUCAUCUGCAGCUGAAAGACAUUCUCAGAAAACAAGAUGAGUAUCAUAUGGUUCAUCUAGUGUGUACGUCUCGGACUCCUCCCAGCUCUCCAAAAUCCAGCAACAAUAGAGAAAGUCGCGAAGCAUUGGCAUCCAGCAGCAGUUCUAGUUCAGAUCAUUCAGGAUCGACAACUCCAUCAUCCGCCCAAGAAACCGUGUCUUUAGCUGCUGGUUCUUCCUCAGAUGGGUUGAGGCAGCGAACUCUUCCACAAGCACAAGCCGACCCAGCCCAGAGUCAUCAGUUUCCGUAUGUAAUACAAGGGAAUGUGGAGAGCCAGUUUCCCGAGCAGGCUGUUGCUGGGUCCCCCGCGUACCCUGCCUUCAGCCCGCUGCAGUUGCUGUGGUGGCAGCAGAUGUAUGCUCAUCAGUAUUACAUGCAGUAUCAGGCUGCGGUUUCAGCUCAGGCCACAUCGGAUGCUAACCCUGCCCAGCCCGCAGCUCCCCAGCCUCUGCACCUGGCCCACGUUCCUGGAGAAGACCCCCCACCGGCUCCAAAUCUCAUGGCCCAAGACAAUCGACCCGCCAACGAGAACGUUCAGAUGAAUGCGCAGGGAGGUCCAGUGCUGAACGAAGAAGACUUCAACCGGGACUGGCUGGACUGGAUGUACACGUUCUCGCGCGCUGCCAUCCUCCUCAGCAUCGUGUACUUCUACUCUUCCUUCAGUCGCUUUAUCAUGGUCAUAGGGGCCAUGCUGCUGGUCUAUCUACACCAAGCUGGAUGGUUUCCUUUUAGGCAGGAAGGAGGUCACCGACAGGCUCCCAACAAUAACGUUGAUGUUAACAAUGAUGCCCAAAACGCACACAAUCUGGAACUGGAGGAGAUGGAGCGUCUCAUGGAUGAUGGGCUUGGAGAUGAGAGUGGAGAGGACGCAGGAGAAGAUGCUGGCGCGGGUCAGAGGCCUGGCUUGAUGGCUUCUGCGUGGUCCUUCAUUACUACCUUCUUCACUUCACUAAUACCAGAGGGGCCUCCCCAGGUUGCCAAUUAGACCUGGAAGACUGUGCCAGCUGCCAAGGAGGGUCUGCCAUUAGGAGUGUGGGUUAAAUAACAGUGCAAUUUCAAAAAAAUUUUUAACUUUCUUUUGAAUAUCAUGUACAAAGGUGUUUUUUUUUCUCCUUUAAGCUUCUCAUGCAUAUGAAUAUUUUAAGCACAAAUGGACUACUAAAUGUCUGAUUUUUUUUAAAGAUCCUAACAGAACAUAGUGUAACAAUGUUGGUCUUCCAGGUUUAUUCAUUUAAAUUAUGUAUAUGUACCAAGACAGAUGGACCUAUUUAUGUGUUUCUCUUUUCUUUAAAGAGCUGCUUAACAUAUAAAUGUUUAUAGCUAGUAACCCAGCCCUUCAGUGUGUCGUUUGAAUAAAUAUAUCUAUUUUCUGUGAAUUACCCUGAAAGUUUUAAACAGAGCAACCUCAUAGUUUUUAAUAAAGAAUAUUAUUUACCUAAAAUGUGCUAGUAGAAUCUUGCCCAGUCAUAAAGCAAUAAACUUCUCACUAGUCUUAAUUUUUGAAAUUUGAAUAAAUAACAGGCACUUUGUAUUUUGAGGGCAUAUAUCCCAUCAAUUGGAAUGAAAAAGGCAGCUCUUCAGUGGAAUUAACAGUGAUAUGAAGUGUUUGAUACAGGCAGUAGUACUUUUAUAAAACAAGAUAUGCUGGAAAUUGCUCCCUGUAAUUUUUUAAAUAAAAAAAUCAAUGAUGAAUUAUA